AUGAUUCUUCCUCCUUCAGGACCCAACUACGACCAGGUCGGACGACAUUUUACAUGGAAAACUGGAGUUGUUCGAAGAUUCCCAGUAUAUGGUAUCACGUAUCUUCUCCUCGCUGUGGCAGCAAUUCUCGGCUGCGUCGCCGUGCUGAUCUCCUCCAACGGAGCGCUUGUUGAGACAUGGCCCUUCACGCCAUAUCCAAUCAGUCCAGCCGUAUUACUCGCCAUCUUCUCGGCCACUACGAACGUCUGCCUGACAUCCGCGCUCCAUGAGGGGCUGAAUUACGCAUGGUGGCAGGCAGCUAUUCGAGGGACAACACUGGGCCGACUUUAUCGUUAUUGGGAUCAUGGCAACAGUUUGCUGGCUUCAUUAUCUGCCGGUCGACAUCUCAGCUGGAUCGGUGUGGCCUCUAUUGCUGUUUCGCUCGUUGUUGUCGAUGUUCCUCUCUUGCAGCGAGCAUCCACCACGCGCUUAGCUACUAUUUAUACAAAUAGUACUGAUAUCAACGCAACAAUGGCAACACAUUUGGCAUAUGGUCAAACAGGCUAUCGCGCGUGGACUGGAUCGGGGGCAAUAAUGCUUGGGUCACUGUCUCUUCCCACGCCUAGUUUUCACCGCGUACUCGAUGACUAUUUUGCACACCGGCCGAUUAGUGCUGCUACUGUUACUGGGUGCGAAGGCACUUGUUCCGGCGUUAUUGAAGCUGCCGGCUUCUAUCGGGAUUGCACAGAGUCGCAGACGCAAAAGACCUGGUUCGGUUGGGAUGGCCCCAAUUUAACACACUUGACGCCAGCUCUCCCUGGCGUGAUCUUUUCUACCAAUCUAAAUUGGAGCACCUCGUCCGUAUUGACAUAUUUACAGACAAACCCUCCUGUCCUUCCACUCCCUGAUGGGAUUCCUCUGGACGAGCCUUACAUCUCGUUGGAUAUGUCCUAUGCUACGGCCACUUUUCGGAACGAUACUACCAAUCAAUAUAUGUCGAAUAUGACUACCAAGUCCUGCAAACUAUAUUCUGCGACGCGUAAAUACCAUGUUACAAUAUAUAAUGAUACUCUCUCGGAUUCUGAAUCACCAUUCGCCUCUACUAUCAACACGAUCGGCCUCUCCAGUGAUAGCGAAUACGUCGCAGACAGUGUCCAAAACCAGCGGAAGGAUACCAUAAAGGCCGUCACUAGUCUUGGGUUUCAAAAGUCAUCCAUUAGCUCAUGGAAUAUAACGGGCCAACCCGGUGUCUUUCCGAUUGUUUACAAGAGUCAAGGCUUUGCAAACCCAGUGUACGAGACUUUAAGCGGCAUCUCAACAGCCGUGCAAGGGAUGGUCGGCUCAUACGUGGCAUUCAAAGGCUUGGAGGGGAAUUCGACACGCAGUUUAUUCGAUGCGUCGGGGUCUCUAGCAAUGCAGCUUCUAGAUGAUAACGAGCUGGGUCAAGACACAUACUUUAAUCUCCGGUGGACAGACCCUUCGCCUACAAUAUUCGAGAUCCUUGAUGAACUCAUAUUCCGCUGUGCCGUUUCAGCAGCCUACAACAAUACCAUGGCACUCCUCGCCGGGUCCAACUCAAACAACUACACAGUUGAAUUCAUUGACCCGACUAUAAAGCCAGCCUUUUCGUACCCGAAGCCACAGCUAGUCUCAAUGUCUAAGCAGCAGACCGUCCUCGUCUACGAAUCAAGAUACCUGUUUCUAGGUAUAGGUGUGGGGAUCAUGUUUCUCAGCACAAUCCUCAUAGUACCCACCUUCUACGGAUUCUGGAAGCUGGGGCAUUGGCCCUCAUUAAACCCUAUCGUGGCAGCGCUGGCAUUUAGAGCCCCUGUUCUAAAUGAUGUCGCUUCCGGUCUCUCGUCUGCGGAGUUAUUGAGAACGGUAUCUGACUGGGAAGUCCAGUAUGGAGAAGUACUUGACAAACCUGAGAGUGGAGAGAAAUUGGUUGGAAUAUUGCCUGUGGAAGCAGUCCAGCCGCUAAUAUAG